AUGCAAAGAAUCAACCAAACCAUUAGGGUCACCAAGUUUAUCCUUGUGGGUUUCUCCAGCCUGGGUGAGUUACAGAUGCUACUCUUUGUGAUCUUCCUACUUCUCUACAUGACAAUCCUGUUGGCCAAUGCAGCCAUCAUGACUGUGAUCCGCUGCAGCAGGUCACUCCACACCCCUAUGUAUGGCUUCCUUUUCAUCCUCUCUUUUUCUGAAACCUGUUAUACCUUUGUCAUCAUCCCCCAGCUCCUGGACCACUUGCUCUCUGACACCAAGGCCAUCUCUUUUGUGGCCUGUGCCACCCAACUCUUCUUCUUUCUUGGCUUUGCAUGCACCAACUGCUUCCUCAUUGCUGUGAUGGGCUAUGACCGUUAUGUAGCCAUCUGCUUCCCCCUGAGAUACAUGAUCAUCAUGAACAAGAGGCUAGGGCUGGGACGAUUCUUCAUUGCCCUGGUGGCCACCAACCUGAUCUGUGACAUGCCCUUCUGUGGCCCCAACAGGGUUAAUCACUAUUUCUGUGACGUGGCACCUGAUCAUGUGAAGGAAUUAGCUCUAUUCAGCCUCAGCGUCCUGGUUAUUAUGGUUCCCUUUGUGCUAAUCCUAAUCUCCUAUGGCUUCAUUGUCAAAACCAUCCUUAGGAUACCAUCAGCUGAAGGGAAGCGUAAGGCAUUUGCUACCUGUGCCUCUCACCUCACUGUAGUCAUCGUCCACUAUGGAUGUGCAUCCGUUAUCUACCUCCGGCCCAAAUCCAAGUCUGCAUCAGACAAGGACCAGCUGGUGGCAGUGACCUAUACUGUAGUGACUCCCUUGCUCAACCCCCUUGUUUACAGCCUGAGGAAUCAAGAGGUGAAAGCAGCACUGAAAAGAGUCUUCUGGAGGCCAUCGCCUGCCAAGUUAAUCUAA